GGCUCCGCCCGCGCCCCACCCACGGGCCAGGCCCCCGGGCCCUGUCGCAGCUCUGGGGCGGGCGGAGCCAGUGCCCGGGUGGCGCGCGCUGCAGCUGUGGGCUUGGGCACCGCGUGGGCCAUGGCGUCACCAGCGUCCUCAGCGCCCGGCGGGGUGGCAGUGGUCGGCAGUGGCCUCAUCGGGCGAAGCUGGGCAAUGCUGUUCGCCAGCGCAGGCUUCAAGGUGAAACUGUACGACAUUGAGCCACGGCAGGUAACACACGCCCUGGACAGCAUCAGAAAAGAGAUGAAGUCGCUGGAACAGUCGGGCUCCCUGAAAGGCUCGCUGGGCGCCGAGGGGCAGCUGUCGCUCAUCAGCGGUUGCUCCGACAUCCGGGAGGCGGUGGAGGGCGCCCUGCACGUCCAGGAAUGUGUUCCAGAAAACCUAGAGCUGAAGAAGCAGCUUUUUGCCCAGCUGGAUGGAAUCGUUGGUGACCAAGUUGUCCUGAGCAGCUCCAGCUCCUGCCUCCUGCCCUCCAGGCUGUUCUCUGGCUUGGUACACGUGAAGCAGUGCCUUGUGGCACAUCCUGUAAAUCCGCCCUAUUACGUCCCGUUGGUGGAGCUGGUCCCACACCCGGAGACGGCCCCUGCGACGGUGGACAGAACCUACGCCCUGAUGCGGAAGAUCGGACAGUCCCCGGUCAAACUCACGAAGGAGGUUGACGGCUUUGCUCUGAAUCGUCUCCAGUAUGCCGUCAUCAGCGAGGCCUGGAGGCUCGUGGAGGAAGGAGUGGUGUCCCCGGGCGACCUUGACCUCGUCAUGUCGGACGGCCUGGGCAUGCGGUACGCGUUCAUCGGGCCCCUGGAAACCAUGCACCUCAACGCCGAAGGUAUGUUAAGCUACUGUGACAGGUACAGCGAGGGCAUGAAACAUGUCCUAAAGACUUUUGGACCCAUUCCAGAGUUUUCCGGGGCCGCAGCUGAAAAAGUGCACCAGGCCAUGUGCGUGAAGGUUCCAGAUGACCCGGAGCACUUAGCUGCCAGGAGGGAGUGGAGGGACAGAUGCCUCAUGAGACUUGCCAGACUGAAGAGCCAGCCGCAGCCCCAGUGAAGCCUCGUGUGACCACUACCGCCCGUGCUGGAGCCCGUUCGCUGGAAGCACGAGCCCCUGUCAAGGGGCUCAGAUGAAGAGCCAGCCGCAGCCCCAGUGAAGCCUCGUGUGACCACUGCCGCCUGUGCUGGAGCCCGUUCGCUGGAAGCACGAGCCCCUGUCAAGGGGCUCAGAGACGCUGGGAGGCCUUGGGAGCCCAGCAGGCAGAGCCCGACUUGCUCUCCACUAGGCAGGCGCCCCGGUGGACGGGGUGGUGCCCCAGACUGGGGGUCAGAGCAGCACUGAGGUCUGCGGGCUGGAUCCCCUGCCACCAGGGCAGGCGAGAGAGCAACUCCUCUGAAGAUUUUACCAUUUAUUUCCCGUGUGAUUACAUGUGGAUACAUUUCAUAGCCAGUGAUCAUAGUUUCAAGUUAUUUUAAUCUGCUGCAAAAUAGUUUUAUAAUUAUUUUCUGACCUCUUGCUGAGUACUCUGUGGCCCUGCAUUUAUGAGGCAACUCCCUUCAUUUUCUUGAUGCUUGUUCCAAAUAAAAGCGUUUGAUUCCAUAAA